AUGUCCUCCUCUGAGUCGGGGUGGAAUGAACCCGGUCUGGAAAACUGGUCUCUAUUUCUUCGCCAACGGCGUCUACAGGAUCAACUCCGGAGGCUGAAGAACGAUUUUAAGAGCUGCUACUGUCCGGCUACAUGUCGAGGCUUGCCGGAACAGCAUGUUGUUUCGGAUCCUCUCGCUGAGCCCAUCCCGCCCAUUCCGCCCGCUCAGCCCCUGCAUGGCCCGUAUGUCGCUGUAGAUAGUGACCUGCCCGACACCUGGGCCAGACCAGAUGCGUUGAGGGGCCCAGGCGCAUCGCUCCUGGCAGAGGCACGAGGUACAUCAGACAUAAGACUCCACCGGACCGGGGAGAGGGCUACCCUCCGCAUGUCGAUGCAGGUCAGGGCGGACCCAACGCGGGCAGGGCGGAUUGGAUAUUUCGGGGAGAUGUUCCUGACACAACACGGCAGGCCAGAGGUGUUCAUCGGGUUCAUCCAGGCCUGGUACAUGGACCGGCGCCGAAUCGAGGGCAGGCGCUUCUGGGAGGAGAUAUAUCUGGACGACUAUGGCGAGAGGUACACACGCUGGCGCGAUAACCGGAACGACAUCGAGGACCACCGCAAUUAUUUCCUGCGGCUUUUUGGGGAGUUUUUCGGCAAUUGGGAGAUGGCUGAGCGGGAUGACAACGGCAAUCUGCUCCCCGACGUGCAGUACCGGGGUAAUUGGGGGGGAGCUUGGGCGCGAGCUAAUGAAGACACUGAUAUUAUCUACAUACCGUUGAUAUGGAUCGACCAACAAUUCAGAGGACAGCGAAUCAUCGACCAAGGCUUUGAGUUGUUUUGGAGAUUAAUGACAGGCGGUUCACUACCGGAACCAUACAACGUGACCCGCCCGCUCAGCGCCUUCCUCGAGGCAGGCGAGCUCAGCCCACCGUGGGGGCAGAGUAACGACAGCCUGACCUCCCGGCAGCGGCUCCAGAUAAUAGCGCGCGCGUACGAGCGCAACGGCUUCAUGCUCCUCAGCGGGCCGGGGGACUCCUUCUUCUACCUGGGCCGCAGGAUAGACUCGGCAGACUAUGCCGGCCCCGCCGCGGCCGCCGGCGACACGGCCAUCGUGCCGCCUACCCCAUCCAACACAAAUCUGUCCACGCCGUCGCCCAGCCGCCUUUCAAUUAGGAAAACUUAUUAA